AUGGGGACCAAGGAAGAACUAACACUAAUAGUAGACUAUUAUAACUGUUGCCACUCUAUACUGUGUGUUAGAGCUCUUGCUUCAUCCCAUCUUGAUUAUGAUCUGAUAGUAAUAGGUGGAGGUUCUGGUGGUCUGGCAUGUGCCAAAGAGGCUGGUCUACUGGGGAAAAAGGUUGGUGUUCUUGACUACGUAGACUCAUCUCCACAAGGAACGAACUGGGGUCUUGGAGGCACAUGUGUUAAUGUUGGGUGUAUUCCAAAAAAGCUCUAUCACGAAGGAUCUUUGUUAGGGGAAUUUAUCGAAGAUGCUCGUCAUUAUGGGUGGGAGCUCCCUGAUAAUGUGACGCACAACUGGGGUACGUUGAAAACUGCUGUAAUGAGUUAUGUAAAAUCUUUGAACUGGGGACAUCGAGUUCAACUGAAACAUAAGAAUGUAGAUUAUUAUAAUGCCAAAGGAUCAUUUCUUGAUCCCUACACAAUCUCAGCUGUUUUCAAGGAUGGAAAACAGCAAACGUUUACUGCCAAAAAUUUUGUGAUAGCUGUAGGAGCAAGGCCUAAAUAUCCAGAUGAUGUUUCUGGUGCAAAGGAGUAUUGUAUCUCUAGUGAUGACGUAUUUUACCUUGAAAAACCUCCAGGAAAAACCCUAGUUGUUGGUGGAAGUUAUGUUGCUCUUGAAUGUGCAGGAUUUCUGACAGGGUUGGGUUUUGACACAACUGUUAUGGUGAGGUCGAUCUGUCUCCGUGGCUUUGAUCAA